AUGACAAUAUCUACUUUCGAUCACGUGUCUGAGGGUGACUUAGACGGAUAGCGCGUCAUCUUGCCUUCCCAAAUUUUACCCUUCUGCAGUUCGAAUCCAAAACAUCUAUCUAUAGUUGCGGGGAGAGCGGGGGAGAACGAUGUUUAACUCGGUCAAUCUGAGCAACUUCUGCUCCCAGACGCGAAAAGACAGGACUUCCGAGUUUGGGGAGCGAGCGGGCUGCGCCUCCAACCUUUACCUCCCCAGCUGCACCUAUUACGUGCCCGAAUUUUCUGCCGUCUCUUCGUUUCUGCCACAGGCCCCGUCGCGACAGAUUUCCUACCCCUAUUCAGCGAACCUCUCGCAAGUGCAACCGGUUCGGGACGUGUCCUACGGGCUGGAUCCGUCGGGUAAGUGGCACCACAGGGGAAACUAUGCAUCCUGCUAUACGGGAGAGGACCUGGUACACAGAGAGUGCCUUCCGCCAUCAUCCACCAUGACAGAAAUGCUGAUGAAGAACGAGAGCGUAUACAACCACCACCACCACCAUCACCACCACCCCGGUUCCAACCAUACUAACACCAGUUUUUACUCCAGCGCUGCCAAGAACAACGUCCUUCCGCAAAGCUUCGACCGUUUUUUCGAUAGCGCCCAUUGUGGAACAGAAGGCGGCUCGCUGGAGAAUUGUUCACAGAAAGGCGACGCAGGCAAACCAGACUCGGCGUCACAGGCGUCCACCGCCCUGCACGGCACCGCAAACACGGAGAAAGAGCAUGACGAUGAAGAGGAGAACACAACAUCGGGCUCUUGUACCUCCUCGGCGGGAACGAAAGACGACAACGCGAGCAAAAAUGGCCACACUAGUACCCAGCGGACGAGGAAGAAGCGAUGUCCAUAUACCAAGUUUCAGAUCCGAGAACUUGAAAGAGAGUUCUUCUUUAACGUUUACAUCAACAAGGAGAAAAGGCUUCAGCUCUCCAGAAUGUUAAACCUCACCGACCGGCAAGUUAAAAUAUGGUUCCAGAACCGACGGAUGAAAGAAAAGAAAUUAAGCCGAGAUCGUUUGCAGUAUUUUUCUGGAAACCCUUUAUUGUGA